GCCAUGGUAACCGUAAGACGCUAUGCUACCGACCGGAAGUAGCCGGGACAUGGCGCGGCUUACAGAAGCUAGUUAGCGAUCGAAGUAAUGAGCUUUUUAUUCGGCUAAACUGGCGUCCUGAAAGCGCUUUGCUGUGAGGAGCUGGUAGAUGGCGGCUGGUCUAUGCUCCGUCCUCCCUCUGCAGCCUGUGGACGCUUAGUUAGCCCCUUCGCUACAAGGACUCCGUUAGCAUCCAGGCUAGCUCGGCUGUUUCCCAGCUAAGUAAUCACAGCUCAUUUUUGCAGGACUGAAAGUUUUUUUCCCCCUCUUCCAAGUCUGUUUACUUUGUUAUGGCUUUCUAUGAAGUCUACUCUCAUCCGGCUGUGAUUCGCUACAAAACCAGCGUUUGCACGAAAGCCACCGUGUUUCUGGUCGCUGUCUUGUGCCUCACGUACAUCUCACCACUGCUGGUCGCUUACAGGAGCCAAGGUUUCUGGAUAAAGAGGAGCACCUAUGAGGAGCAGCCGGUCGUGAGGUUCCAGUAUCAGACUCUUCUGGUGGCAGCAACCAGCACCAAAGGAGACUAUGUUGCUUGGAGCACCUUUCCACAUUUUAACAACAUGCAGGGCGCCAACCUCCGGAUCCCCACUGUCUCCGUGAGAGAGGAAGAUGAGAACCAUGACGGGAAGUUGGACCGUCUGAUCUUCCGACUGCAGCUUCCUCUGAAACCCGAGGAACAGGUGUACAGUGUCCAGCUGCUGCUCACCUUCAGCUACCAGCUCUUUAGGAUGUCCACCGUGCUGAUGCAGAGCCUGGCCUACGUGCAGUACUCCUCCUCUGUGCCUGGAGCUCAGCUUUUCAUCAGCGGAGACCUGAGGCUGCAGCAGAGAACCCCCCUGCCCCACCGCGGACUCUACACUGUUUACAAUGUGUCGGUGGUCGACGGCUCCAGCCCAUUUGCGAGUGCGUAUGAUCUCGUCAACAUCAUCGGGGCCUACCAGGACAGAAACUUGACCACAGUGCUGUCCUGUCCUGGCCCGGUCUGGGUGGUGGGACGAGCAGCUGGCUCUCCCUUCCAGCUGGAUGCAGAGAUCCGCUAUCCCAUGGAGAUCAUCAGCUAUCGUCCUGGUUUCUGGGAAACGGUGAAGUUUGCCUGGAUCCAGUAUGUCAGCGUUCUGCUCGUCUUCCUCUGGGUCUUUAGGCGCAUCCAGACCUUUGUUUUCCAGAACCAGGUGCUCCCUACAAUACCAGUCCCACUGGGAAAACCUCACUUCUCAUGAUGCAGUGGGAACCGUCAAAUUACAGCACAAUAAAUCCACAGUUAUUUCAGGGGUAGACAGGAACUGCUCACUUAAGUAAGUUAACGACUGCUUUGCUGUUGGCGUAGAAGGAAAAGAGAAGCAUAACCUCAUAUUUUUGUAGACACCACAGCUUUAUUUACCAAUCAUCCGGUACAAGACAGUUUGGCUGGGCCACCACACCAAAUCAUUGCCUUUUUGUUCCAUACCAAACAUACCAAACAACUGGUUUAUUUCUGUAAAACUUCAUUCACAACAAACUGAGGUUAUUGAUCCACAAACGAUUCUGACUUUACAUUUUCACAGCCAGCCAUGUACACAGACCCUCUCGGUUUUUAGCCCUCAGAAAUGCAUUUCCUGCCAUGACUUUACAGCAGCUCUGCACUUGGCUAGUUUAUAGAAAAACAGAAGAGUUUUGUGAGUUUAGAUAAUUUGUAUAUUUGAUACUUUGUGAUGGUUUAGGAAAUGUUUUUGUGUUCCUAAUUUGAUACCUAUACCUUUUUAUAUGUACAUAUAUUUAGGUCACGGUUAAUAAAAUUCUUCACAUUUUUA